AUGUCGUCCUCUGUGUGGUCCGCUGCCGUCGCAUUUGUCCUGGUGGCACUAUGCUCGUCGAGCCCUAGCCAGGCUGCGUCGCCCCGGUGGGAACCACAGAUAUCGGUGCUGUGUGAGGCCGGACAGACCUACCAUCCGCAGUACUUGUCCGAGGAAGGUCGAUGGACAACGGAUCUGAGCAUUAAGGUCCCCGGCUCGACAUGUCUCCGUGACAAGAUGGAUCUACUGGACUACUGUAAGAAGGUAUACCCGGGACGAGACAUCACAAACAUUGUGGAGUCUUCGCACUACCAGAAGAUCGGUGGCUGGUGCCGCCAGGGUGCACUGAAUGCAGCCAAGUGCAAAGGAGCUCAGCGGUGGAUUAAACCGUUCCGGUGUCUCGAGGGACCGUUCCAGUCGGAUGCGCUGCUCGUACCGGAAGGUUGCCUGUUCGAUCACAUCCACAACGCAUCCCGCUGCUGGCCCUUCGUCAGGUGGAACCAAACCGGUGCUGCCGCCUGCCAGGAUCGCAACAUGCAGAUGCGUAGCUUUGCCAUGCUGCUGCCCUGCGGCAUAUCGCUCUUCUCCGGCGUUGAAUUCGUCUGCUGUCCGAAGCACUUCAAAGCGGUUCCGAUGAAGGUGAAGAAAACGGAUCUGCCGGUGCUGCCACAGGACACGGACAUGCUGCCCGCACUGGACGAUGGCGGUUCGGAUGGCGUUUCGGACAACAAUUCCGAGGAUGACGAAGACGAUGACGAUAUCGACGACGAGGAGGACGAGGAGAUGCUGGGCGACGAACCGAUCGAGAGCGAUGACGACGAGUACGAUUCGGACGAAGAUUUCGAUUCGGGCAGCGACAAACCUUCGGGUGCGGACGCGAUCGAUACGGGUUCGGCCGCGUGGGACAGCUUCACGACGCCACCACCCCCCGCACAGGCCGCGGCCGGCAAGGACGGGCCGAAGAAGAAGCAGGCCGAUAUUGGUGGCCCGAUCGGUGGUAUGCUGUACGCCGCCGGUGGGUACGCCGCUAGCUCGACGGAAAAAUCGGGCACGCUCGAUCUGGUGACGACACCGAUCACGGCCAUCCCGACACCGGACCCGUACUUUACGCACUUCGAUCCGCGCAACGAGCAUCAGAGCUUCAAGAAUUUGCACGCCGAAUUUCAGGAAGCCCAGCAGCGGCUCGAGGAGAGCCACCGGGAGAAGGUGACGCGCGUCAUGAAGGAUUGGUCCGAUCUGGAGGAGAAGUACCAGGACAUGCGGCUGGCCGAUCCGAAGUCGGCCCAAACGUUCAAGCAGCGCAUGACGGCCCGGUUCCAGACUUCUGUGCAGGCACUGGAAGAGGAAGGCAACUCCGAGAAGCAUCAGCUGGCGGCCAUGCAUCAGCAGCGCGUACUCGCCCACAUCAACCAGCGCAAGCGGGAAGCGAUGACCUGCUACACCCAAGCCCUCACGGAGCAACCGCCGAGCUCCCAUCGGGUGGAAAAGUGUUUGCAGAAGCUGCUACGUGCUCUUCACAAGGAUCGUGCCCAUGCGCUAUCGCACUAUCGGCAUCUGCUCGGUUCGGGCGGUACCGGCGGGCUGGAGGCGGCCGCAUCCGAGCGUCCCCGCACGCUGGAGCGUCUGGUCGACAUUGACCGGGCCGUGAAUCAAUCGAUGGCGAUGCUCAAACGCUACCCGGAACUGUCGGUGAAGCUGUCCCAGCUGAUGGAUGAUUACAUUCAGGCGCUGCGCUCCAAGGACGAAACGCCCGGCUCGAUGCUGGCCAUGACGGAGGAAGCGGAGGCGACCAUUCUCGACAAGUACCGCAUGGAGAUUGAGCGCAAGGUCAGCGAAAAGGAGCGUCAGCGAUUGGCGGAAAAGCAGCGCAAGGAGCAACGGGCGCAGGAGCGCGAGAAGAUACGCGAGGAAAAGUUACGCCUGGAGGCCAAGAAAAUGGAGGCCGCUUACAAACAGCAGCAGCAGCAGCAGCAACAACAGCAACAACAGCAGCAACAGCAGCAGCAACAGCAGCAAAAGCAACAACAGGCUCAACAGCAACAGGCACAAAUGGUUGCUGCCACCUUUGCAGCAACGCAACAGCAGCAGCAGCAGCAGCAGCAACAAUCGAUGCAAACCCAGCAACCGACGCUCACGGAUCAACCCCAAACCCAAAAGCAACAGCCGGACCUGGAAGCCCAAAAGGAAACUGACACCACCAAGGACUACUCCGAGGAAGCGGCCGUGACGAGCCCACAGCCGACGGCUCUUCCGACCGUGGACGACGAAGCGGUACAGCGCGCCGUCGAGGAGGUUGCUGCGGCCGUCGCCCAUCAGGAAGCCGAACCGAAGAUGCAACACGUUCUCGCCCACGACAUUGGCCACGGUGAACCGAGCUACUCAGUUCGACGCGAAGUCUACAGUUCCAGCGGACGGGAUAGCAAGAACGUGUACUUCACGGUCGGUUUCGCCGGAGUGGCCCUCAUGGCUGCGGUGUUUGUUGGUGUCGCUGUUGCCAAAUGGAAAGCUUCCCGGUCACCUCAUGCUCAAGGAUUCGUCGAGGUAGAUCAGGCGGUCGGUGCACCGGUCACCCCAGAGGAACGGCAUGUGGCCAACAUGCAGAUUAAUGGGUACGAAAAUCCAACCUACAAGUACUUCGAGAUCAAGGAAUAAAUUCCCACAGAAUGGAUGCAAACCACUCAUUGUCGGUCCGGGCCGCAAACCACUCGAAUUGGCCCCUGCCAGUGGGCGAGUUGAAAGGAGACAAAAGAAGAUAAGUACUUGAGAGCUAAGAUCCUUGAGCGGUACGAUUAAUGUCAUGUAACAGAAGCAAGUCAAGCAAACCAACAGCGGCACCAGUUAGAAGGUGAAAAAUCGAUAUUCGUGGUAAAAAGAAAGGACAAAAGCAAAGUUAGUCAGCAACACACACAUCGUAAAAAAAAACACACAGCAAACGACAGAAACUAACAAAAAACAAAAAGGCACACCACCAUCAACUGGGUGCUCUGCAAACAAACUAUCUACCAGCUAUACCAAAACAUAACUAUCACACAGUUAUGCAUAUGCGUAGUUUUGUCCAUUUUGGGUUUGGAAAAAAAACAAAAAGAAACAUGUAAAAACUAAACAUUAAACUGUGCUGCAGCGUGACAUACGCACACGUACACGCACCGGCACACACGUUGGUAGGAUUGGUUCCUUUUUCUGUCCACACUGAUCUGUAUACUUUGUUGCCCACUCAUGCCCAGUCUCAGUGCUCUUGACGAGGCACAACGAAACGCCGAACAUCGCGUUUUUUUUUUUUCAAAACGAUCUUCAAACACAACAAAGUACGAUCGCUCGGAAGGGGUUUUGUGUGUGCGUGCGGUAUGUGUGAAGUAAAACGUCAGCGACAGCUACUAACUGUCAACUCGCUGCACCCAAAGAACAAUUUUCGUAACAGCAAAACUAAACCCACACGAAAUGCUUACAUUUGUGAAAGGUUUUGUGCAGGAAAAGCAAAAACAAACCCAAAACACACACACACACACUGAGUGUCCUUUUGCGCGUGUAUAGAGAAAUGGGAGUGUUUGAGCAUCUAAAGUAGCUACUAUUAAAUUCAAACAAACCGAGCGCGAUACUACUAUAGCGCGAUCGUGCGUGUGAUCGCAAAAAAACCAAAAUGGCAACGUUUUUGCGAGUUAUCAUUUCAAACAAAAAACAAAAAGAAGAAGAAGAGAAAUACAAACAAACCUUUCCUUUCACCUAUCUUACAACCUAUACGCCUCUCUCUUUAUCACUCUCGACUGUACGAGACCAGACGUAGAGCACGACGCUACCAAAGAAUAGAAGCAAAGAAUAAUAAUAAACAAAGAAAAAAAGCAACAGUCACUAAUUAUAGUUGAAGCUCUUGCUGCGCUCUUAUAGACUUAGUAGCAAAGAAACGUUCGCAAUGAUCGAAGCGAAAGGGGGGGGAAAAAAAAGGCAUAAAUCGCAACACACAUCCACAUAGCUCCAGGAACAAUAACAACCCAAAACAAACCCCAAACAAAAAGGACACCCCCGGUUCCCCAUUUUGCCCCCAUCACGAGCAGCCCAUUCCGAAACCGACAGGCACCCAUUUCUUUAGGACCCAGGCGCAGUAUAGUUAGAUAGCUAAGUAGCUAAUUAGUUAUUAAUUUUCUACAACAACAACAACAACAACAACAAAAACAAACCGAUCGGUUAUGCAGCUCAGGUUAGUCAGGCAGUCACGCUCUUCACUGGGCCCUUUAAGAAAACAAAACAGCCAUGCUUACAAACACACCGUCGAGGGUGGAGACUGUGGGCGGACGGUGCCGCGAAACGAGAAUGCGCCAACUCACACAGACACACACACACACACACACACACACAAUACACACUACUUCUCAUUUGAUAAGCUUGUAAGAAUAUACAUGCAUAAAUAAACGUACAUUAUACAACCAAUUGCAGUUAGAUCUAUAUAUUCGCUUCGCGGUGCUUUGAUGGUGCAUUGGUGCGUACAUAUGCCAUCGCACAUGCGUUCCGGUGCGCUUGGUGCUUUGAUUGUUCGCUGCAGGUAACACCAAAAACAACAAAAUAGAGACGCGCCAAAACGCCAAAACAAUUACAACCAUACAGUUCAAUCCAAGCAUAACUUGUCUGAGAACAACAGCAAACAACAGUAAACAACAAACAAAAAAAGGCGACAAACUACCUAAGAACAGUAUGUAACGCAACGUAACGAACAGCUAUUGAAGUAUAUACAUAUAUAUUUUUUGUAAUACACACCUGCUAUACGCUUUGAAAUUUCAUAUUUAUACUACCUUAUAAAAAACAAAACAAUAACGAACCAAAAAAAAAGCAUAAGUGGCAAACGCGUCUGCUAUACACACAUAUAUAUAUAUAUAAAUAUAUUUACAAGUGAACCAGAACAAAAGCGUUACAACCCGUGGCGUCAAGGGACGGAAGUAUCGGGCAAAAGGCACAUGAAACAAUAAGCGGCGUUAAUGCGUUGGCAAAAAAAGCAUUAUUAAAAACAGGACUCAGUUGUCAAGUGGUGCACAAGGCACUUCAUUUCAUUCAGGCUCGCAUGUUGGUCAGAAAUCCAUUAGUCCCUGCCCCAAUAUCAGGAUGGUUUCGUAACGCGCGGUCACCACCCACAGUAAGCUGUCGCGUCACGAGUUCCGUUUGUUUUUUGUUUUUGGUUUUUAGCACACCCAACACACCCUGAUUCACCACGUUGUUAACCAACCAACGCUGUUAACCAACCCUUUGCCCCGCACUCUGUAAACCAACCGCCGCGUGUGUGAAGAAAGAUCGCGCAAAUAGACCCCCUUCGACAGACCAUUGAGAACUAUUGAUCAUGAUGCAGCUGUGUGUAUGUGUGAGCGAAUGUGAUUGUGCGAAACGCGAAUUUGCGCAAUUGCCCCAUAGCCGCUGUCCGGCUCGGCAAGGAUCGCAACAGAUGUGUUAUCCAAAACAAUAAUUUACAACCGAAGCAUAGAGCCGUAGUACGUACGCCCAAACAGGCGACAAAACACGAGAGAGCUUCUUCCGAUCCGUAGUCCGAGACAAUUCACCCAGCGCAGCCCCAGCUAUUUUAAUGCAGCGAUGAACAAACCGAACAAAAAGAAAAUACUCAAUUGCACUGAUUGGCAAUAUAUGCAUCCAUCAUUGCCCGUACACCUCUCAACCAUUUAUGCUGCCCCCCUGCCCCCACCCCGGGGUAACGCCCCGCGAUGCGAAGGGUUGAAGCUUCGAGACGUCCUUUUGGCACAUUCAAACAAACGUGCACAACCACGUGCAUACGCGGAACGAAAACAAACAACACGAGAGGUCGGGCAGAGAGCGGCCACCAUUGGUAGCACCCAAUUUAGAGCAGCAAGACAGUACGGCGGGAAAAUGAUGAGGUAGAAGAAUUGAAACAACAACUCGCAACACACAAUCCAAUCACUCAGAAGAGGUUACAGUCGGAAAAUUGCAUCCUAGGCAAAGAAAAUUCGUCCAUUUUUGUAGGAUUUUGCGACGCGCGUUAAACAAAUAGGUGUUAGAGAGAGAAAAAAAAACAUGAGAGUAAAACAAAACAAAACAAAACAAAAUGCAAAAAUGCAUACAAAUCUUAUCGAUAGUGUGUCAUUAAGUCCCUUGUCCCCAUCCCCCCCCCCCCGCCCCCCCCCUCCCGUACCCGCGUAUCUCCGCCGUGGAGAGCUGAUAUCUACAUGAACUCCCAAUUUCCCAGGCAGCAAACGUCGGUAGGAAUCGGUGCUGGCAACACUGCGCGCACUUGUUGAAUGUCUGGCGCAAUGCGUGCGCAUCAUGUUGGCAAGAGGGAAAAAGAGGGAAAAUUUCGCUAAACAGCGCUGCUGAACAAUCUUAUCCGAACGCUGAUCUGACACGCUGAUUUUGUCAGUGAACUACACAGACACACACAGACACACACACACACAUAUAUAUAUAUAUAUAUAUAGGGCUUGAAAGCAUCAUGUUACUGUUUUUCCGUUACAUUAUCGCUAAACCACCUAUCACCUAUACUCGGCUUCAACUUCCUUUAAAGCUUUCACCUGUAUGGGGGGUGCAUCGCCUUUGGUUUUUUUUUCACCAUUUUUUACAACCAUUGCUACUGGCUGGAAAUGCGCAGCGCAGGGGCCUCGUACUGCUCGUGCUCCUUUACACUACACGCGUGACUAACUACUACCACUUAUCUAUCCCUUACUUUUCACUAGUUUAAUUGGGUUGUACAUGGGUUUCGCGAUGCCCACUCGUCUCAACUAUCGAUAGAGUUCAAUGAUUUGGCGGCUCGUAAACAGAUUAAAUGAAAUUUUGAAAAUAUAAAACAACAAGUGACUCAAAUUGCAGAAUAAUAAAACAAACCUACACAGCAGCAGUAAAAGAAAGCAUACUAAAUGAAGAAGCGAAAUAAAAGAGAAAAAACCCAACACACACACACACACACACCCACACACCCACACCCAAACAGCAUAUAUAUAAUCUAUGUAUAAAGAAUAGAGAAACAAACAAAAAAAAAACAAACAAGAUGGGAAAACGUAAACAAAACUAGUAACUAAACAUCUAAACGGCAAACAACACUAUAAGAAGCAAAAGAAGGC